AGCUCCACCGAUGCUAAGCUAACUGCCUUUAGCCACCGGGAGCGGACAUGUUGUUCGGACCCUUCCGCGGAUAAGCGUCGCUAUAAGCGGGGAAUCUGGUGCGGAGGGGCAGGCUCGGGGGCGUCGGGCAGCCAUGGACGCCGUCAACGCCUUUAACCAGGAGUUAUUCUCCUUGAUGGACUCCAAGCCCCCGAUCUCUCGGGCGAAGAUGAUAUCCAUCACCAAAUCAGCCAUCAAAGCUAUGAAACUCUACAAACAUGUGGUCCAGAUCGUGGAGAAGUUUGUCAAGAAGUGCAAGUCUGAGUACAAGAUUGCAGGUCUGUAUGUGGUGGAUUCCAUUGUUCGGCAGUCCCGACACCAGUUUGGAUCGGACAAGGACGUGUUUGGCCCAAGAUUUACCAAAAAUAUCACAGGAACAUUUGAGAACCUCUGCCUUUGCCCUAUAGAAGACAGGAGUAAGAUUGUGCGGGUGUUGAACCUGUGGCAGAAGAAUGGGGUGUUCAAGAUCGAGAUUAUUCAGCCCCUCCUGGACAUGGCUGCUGGGUCUAGCAGUGGUGCUGCCCAAUAUAUGGACACAGAUGACCCAGGUUCUCCUCCUACUCCAGCCAAAGAGCCGGUUACUUCGGUGACGGCAAACCCCACCAUGACGUCCACUGCUCAGCUGCAAAACACUGAUGCCUUCGCUGCCGUGGCACAGCUCUUCCAGUCGUCACAGGGUCAGCAGCUUCAACAGAUGCUCCAGAACUUUCAGCAGCAGCCAGCGAAGCCAGACACCAACACCCAGCCUCCUCUCCAUACGAGCCAAACACAGGCCCAAAACGUCACCGCCGGCCUGGGCACGGGCACUCCACAUCCUCCCCAGCCCGGCCAGCAGAAAACCACCUUUGACAAGAAAUUGCUGGAUCGUUUUGACUACGACGAUGAACCAGAUGCUGGAGAGGACUCGAGAAAGGAUGACAGUGCAUCACAGCCCUCUUUUAUGCAGCAGCCUCCGGCCUUCCCACAGCACUUUAAUCCGUCAAUGAUUAACAUGUCGCAAGACCACUCACAACAGGUUCCUCUUCCGCCUAAUGGCCAGCACCAGGCCUAUGGUUUACCAUCAGGACAAAGCUUCCCAGUUAUGAUGCCUCCUAUGGGGCACGCUCUGCAAGGGCAGCCCCUCACUGGUUCGACUGGGCUUCCAGGUUUUCCAGGGGUAUUUCCUCCCCACAACGCAGCCCAGCAACAACAGGAUAUGUCAAUGGAUGUCGACCGCUCGUCUGUGAAGGACGGCAGACAUGGCCGAAGGUCACCACACUCAGGCUCCAGGUCUCCAAAGAGGAGGAGGUCACGCUCUAAUUCUCGCACUCGGCGGUCCAGGCACCGGCGCUCGCGCUCCAGAGACCGCCGUCACCAUUCCCCACGCCCUCGCUCUCUGGAGCAAAGGGAGAGAGAGAAAGAGAGGGAGCGACGGCAGAAGGGCCUCCCGCCACCCAAGAGCGAGACACUAAGCAUUUGCAGUACAACUCUGUGGGUGGGCCAGCUGGACAAGAGAACUCAACAGCAAGAUGUCGCCUGUAUACUGGAGGAGUUUGGGGAGAUAGAAUCCAUCAAUAUGAUUCCUCCACGUGGCUGUGCCUACAUUGUCAUGAUUCUUCGUCAAGAUGCCUUCAGGGCUCUACAGAAGCUUGGCAGAGGAUCUUACAAGGUUAACCAGAAAGCCAUAAAGAUUGCUUGGGCUUUGAACAAGGGCAUAAAAGCUGACUUCAAACAGUACUGGGACGUGGAGCUGGGUGUCACCUACAUACCGUGGUCUAAAAUCAGAGAGGACCAGUUGGAGGAGCUAAAAGAAGGAGGAAUACUGGAUGGAGACACCUUGUCACCAGAGUGGAGUGGAGCGAGGAAGUCUCUGGACCAACCAGAGGAACUCACCCACAACGGCCGUUCAGAGCCACAGCAGCCGGAAGAGAUGCCAAUGUUACCUGUGCCUGCAGCAGCUGCUCCGCCUGCGCAGGUUCCUCCAAUGCAGCAACCUAUGGUUGGCAUGGGUUCUCUCCAGCCUCCGGGCUUUCCUGGUCCUAUAGGCAUGCCCCCGCAUUCCUUCCCACCUGGCGUCCCCCCUCCUCCUUUCAUGAGACCCGGCUUCAACCCUAUGCAGAUGCCUCCAGGUUUCCCUCCCCCAGGAUCUAUGCAUCUAGGUCCCCCACCUCCUUCCCAAGGUGGAGUAGAGGACCUGGACCCAGCCAGUCUGGGCAACAGGAAAAACGUUGAGGGCCCAGAGGGUCCCAACAUCUUCAACAACCAGAUGGGUCCUAUGGGUAACCAAGUAGGUGUCCCACCAGGUGUUAUGUCAGGUAUACCUCCAGGUGGUCAUCCAGGAAACAUGCAGCCGCCCUCUGGUGGUCUGCUCGGUGCGCGGCCUGGCAUAAUCCCACUCCAGCGUCCUCCCGGUCCCCCACUUCCACACAUGCAGCGUUUCCCUCCACCUCACGCAAUAAGACCGCCUCACCCCAACAUGCUCCCUAUGCCCCCACAGAUGAUUCCCAGGGGGCCACACCCUCAGAUGAUUCACCACGAGCCCCUUCCACCCAAAGGGGGCUUUGGGAUGCUGCCUCCCCACAGUAUUCGGGCUCCUUUCCCGCCCCAUGGGCAUGGCCCCCCUCCUCAUCAAGGUCCUCCUCCUACUCCUUUUAUCAGACCAGGGGCCCCUCACGGUCAGGAAGGGCCAGAGGAAAUGGAGGGGAGACCAUUCAGGGGAGACAGACCUGGAUUCAGGGACAGAGAGCCAGAUAGGGACAGAGACUGGGACAUGGACAGAGAGAGGGACAGAGGUUUUGGAGGUGGAAGGCGUCCCUUCGGUGAUGGGGGGAGGGGAGGAGGCGGUGAGAGAAUGGAAGGGAGAGGCAGGGGAGGAGGCUGGCAGGAGGACGCGGGCAAUCAGCGUGGAGGAGGAUGGGAGAGAGAUAGGGACAGAGAUAGGGACAGAGACCGUGAUCGUGACAGAGAUAGAGACAGACGGGACUGUAGGGAGAGGCGGACCAGUCUAGACAAGGACAGGGAACGAGGGAGAAGUGAUGAUGGGGAGAAGGAUCACGGGAAAGGGGAAGGAGGAGGAAGGGGAGAGGGAAGCAGUCAAGACAGAGCGAGAGGAGCAGAAGGAAAAGAGCGGGAAAGGCCGAAGCGGGAACGGCGAGAGAGGGCCUCGCGGUGGGACAAGGAUGAUCGGUUGGCCGAAGUAGAAAACAUGGACAUACUUCGGACCUCGGACAGCACAGAGCAACCUUGUGUGACUCCUGAGGCUGCUGUGGAAAGCAAAGAACCGAGUAAAGAACCGAGUAAAGAAACAAGCGUGGAACCUCCUCAACAAAAGGCAGAAUCAGAACCUGCUGCUGCGACAGAGCCAACGCCAUCUGAGCCUUUACCUCCAGCUCAAAGUGAACCCACGGAAACAGAACAGGAAGCGGCUUCAUAGACUGGCUCUGACUCUGACUCCUCCUUCAGCCAGAGACUGCUGCGAACCCCUGAGAGACAACAGGUGGUUUCACUUUGGUCACUAGCCUCAACUCCUGGCAGAAGAGCUAGUCACCAUAUUUCAGUUGCUAUUGGUCAUUUCUGGGAAGUAACGGAUUUCUUGAAGACAAACCUCUCCGACGCAUAUUAUCAAACGGGUUAAAAUGGUCAUUUGUAGUUGCAUCGAUGUCUCAAAACACAAAAUCCAUUGGUUUGCAAACCGGAAACAGUUGGUUUAUAUCACACAAAUGUAGUGUUACUUCAUGACCCUCAUCUCCUCACUCACUCACUUAAUGUUGUUUUUUAAAUAUAUUUUUAAAAUUUGCCCAAAUAUGACGAACUCUAAAGAUCAAUUCUAUAACAAUAGAAGCACCAUUCUUUCUGCUGGUUGUCUCAUCUGGUUUUUCUUGUCAGCAUUCAGGAACAGCUUUGAAAGGGCUAUUAACAGACAUUGUGACUGACUCAGAGCCGUUUCUCUUAAAGCCAUUUCAGCAUUAACCCGCUCACAAACUUAUCAAUGAAAGAAUAAGGAAAUCCAAGCUUAUUAUGGCUUAUCUCCCGUGAACUAGCUCUGGAGGAAACAAAUUAUGAUUUUUGACGAUGAGAAUCAGAAGUUGAAGUGAAUUAGAUCUACUACUAGAAGAGUAAUUGUUAUACAAAACUGAAUUUGAGAACGUCCAUUUGUAAAGAAACUGAUUUCUACCCAGAUUUGUCACAGCUGUUCAAAAACAGCUGAAGUUUCAUCUUGAUGAAGUUCUCAAAACUAACUAAUCAACAUCAUAAAGUUGAGUAAAAUGUCAUUCAACAGUUCUCAGAUUUGUACCCUUGGUCAUUUCUUUUUUCCGCUGUCUAAAUCUCAUACUCUUGCCUAAAGGUGUAUUUUUUCCGUCAGUUAAAUAAAGAAGAAACUUUUUGCGGCUCCAACUGAGGAAAAUCCAACUAAAAUUAAUUUAAAUUAUUGUAACAAAAAUCCAGGGGCCAGAUUUAUGUUUAUGGUUUUUUCCUUUGUGUAGGGAAGAAGGGGGUAUGAUAUCUCGUGACCAGAUAAAAGGGCUGAAUUAUGUUUUGGAAUCUUCAUCUAUUUAUCUCAUGUAUGUCAGAAAAUUCAGAUCUAUAAUUUGGUUUUUUCCAUAUGAAAAUGCAAAAAUGAAUCCCUGAAGCUGAACGUGUUUUUUUUUGACUGAUAAACACAGCCUGCAAACUUAGUUUCCGUUUCACUGUAGACACAUAUUUGUGUAAACACCCAGAAUCCCAACAAAUCCCAACUCUUGCUCCCUCAUGGAUUUGACCCAGAGACACCACGGGCCGAACUAAUGUGAUGAAAUGAAGAACACUGCUCGGGACACACUGCUGUAAAUAUGCUUGUAACACUGACUCUUCCACAGGUGUCAUGGUCAUUGUUGUUAAUAAUAUGCGACUCGUUAAUCAGAGACAACACGUUGACUUUGAAGGAUUAACAGAGGCCCUUUGCUUUAAGGUUUUUAACUCCUCGUGGUUUGAACGUUGACGGAUGUUUCUAUGAUUUGUUAAAAAUACAAAAGACAUGGACAGAAAAUCUUCGAUAUUUCAACCAUAGGAAUUUGUUUUUAAUAAACUAUUUUUUUACCAAA